CUUUCUGAGCCACAUUUCUCCCAUCAUGCACUUUGCUUGCCUGCACAGGGAAGUAACGUGAGUGUAUUUGAAAAGUAGUCUGCUUAUCUGAAGGUACAAUUAACCUUUGUUCGUUUCCCCUCUUUUUGCCUUGACGUUGAACUAUGAAUGUAACAGUCAUCCAGGCAGGUUACUUCAUUUCCACUUGCUAAUGCUGAAGGACUGAUCUGUGAGCUGAAGACUUUCAGUGUGCAGGAAUAUCUCUCCGGAGAUCUGACAUAGGGUUCGGCAUCGCAGUUACGUUGAGCAGUCACAGAUCUGACCAUUCGCACAAUGCAGGCCCUGCAGAUUGGCGCCGUGGUUUGUGCUUUCAUCAGCCUUCUGCUGCUCCUCAUUGCCCUGGGCUCAGACUACUGGCUGGAAAAUUCCUUGAGCUACACUGGCCUCUGGAGAACUUGUAUUAAUAUUGGACUAGCUGAGACUUGCAGUUCAUUUGGGAUGGAUGUGAAAGAUUUCGUCCAUGUUACCCGAGCCUUCAUGUUCUUCGGGAUGAUCGCUGGAGCCAUCUCUUGCAUUGGUCUUUGUGGCACCUUUUUUAGCGUGCAAUUUGGCUCCAUCUCCAAGGCCAAGACCGCAGCCGUAGCCAGCAUUGUUGCAGCUGGUUGCGUCCUGAUUGCCAUGGCCACCUUCACAGGGCGUGCGGGAACACAGUUGAGUUAUGGAUGGUCUUUUGGCUUGGGCUGGGCCUCCUUUCCUCUCUUCCUUAUAACUGGUGGGCUGGCUUUCCGCGUGAAUCCUGCUGCAACAGAAUGAGGAAAAGAGUGUGCUACAAUUUCAGAUGAGCUAUGUUGAUGUCACAAACACAGUCUACAAUGGAACAAGUUGGACCUGGAGGAAAUGACUAUACUUUCAUGAUGAAGAUGACACAUUAUACAAUAGCAAUGGCGUUAAGGAGUGGCAAAUUGACAGCACAUUGCAAUCCGUUAACUGAAUACUGAAUCAGCCAAAUUAGUGCCCUCCAAAUGCUGUUGUGUUACAAAUUAGGACUGCCAAAUCUUCUAAAUCAAAGAAGAGGACAUAAAAAAUUGAUGAUUAAUAAAUAAUGAUAAUAAUAAGGGGGACGGUAGGCUUUGUGAAACUGCUCAGCUGAGCAGUUACAGCGCUGGGCUGGGGGCUCUGUAAAACUGUUUGGCUGUGGGGAGUGUGGUUGCCGCUCCCCGCAGCUGAGCACUUAAAGGAGUCCCCGGCCUGGCACUGGUUUGCCAACGCGAGCAAGGGGGAGCACUGGGGCUGGCUCAGCUGGGGAUUGGGAGCUCUCCUGUGCCCCAGCUGAAACACGCAAAGGAGCCCUGACGCUCCUCCUGCUCUGAGGCAUGCUGCUUGUGCUUGCAGGGCAAAGCUGUUCAUGCUCCUGGAAGGCAGUUCCCGAGCACACGGGAACUUUGUUUAAAAUAAAAAAACCCUGGACAUUUUGGCAAUUAAAAAAAAAUCCCCCCGGACGAUGUUUUCCCCCUUUAAAUACCAGAUAUGUCCUGGAAAAACUUGACGUAUGGCAACCCUAGUUACAACUCCCAUCAACCUUGUCCAUUGGCCUUUGACCAUGCUAGCUGGGGCAGAAUGGAGCUGGAGUUCACCAACAUCUGGAGAGCAACAGAUAGGCUACUCCCAAUUCAGAAAGAAACCCUUUUUGUUCCCCUAAAAACAUUUCUUUUUAGAGGUUAUAAAAUAUUUACAGUACAGUAUUGGCUAAAAACAUGCUAGUAUUACGAAUUAAGAAUGAUGCUAAGCAAUAUUAUUAUUCAUUCAGUGGCUGGGUUAAAGUAAGGAAAUGAGAAAGACCGGUAUCUUGUAUGAAUCAAGCAGAAUAAAAUUAUCUAUGGAUGACAUUGUUUGUUUUGAGUUUUGGCCUUCAAAUUCUAAAUAUUGUGUAUGUGCAAAUGACUAUUGUGAUUCCUGUUUGUCUCAUAGCUUGUGGUUUUAAUAAAGAAUA